AUGGACUGCAAGCCGACCACGGCGGGGGCCUCUGGGCCCGCGCGCCGACCGGGCCGCGGCGGCUCCUCCGCUUCCUCCAAGCUCUCGUACCACGAGCAGCGCCGCCACAUCAUCGAGCGCUUCAUGGCGCGCUGGCGCGCAGAGGUCGGCCCGGACUUUUACCCCGCCAUGCGCCUCAUCCUGCCGGACAAGGACCGUGAUCGCGGGGUGUAUGGGCUGAAGGAGAAUUCGAUCGGGAAGUUGUUGGUGAAGGUUAUGAAGAUUGAUCGGAAUUCGGAGGAUGGGUAUGCGUUGAUGCAUUGGAAGUUGCCGGGGGGUGGUGGUGGUGGGCGUGGGGACAGGGGAGGGGGUGGUGGUGGUGGUGGUGGUGGUAGGUUUGGGGAUGGGAGUGUCACGACGGCGGGGGAUUUUGCGGGGAGGUGUUUUGAGAUUGUGGGGAAGCGGCAGAUGAGAAGUGAGCCGGGGGAGUUUACCAUCGGGGAUGUCAAUGUGAUGCUGGAUCGUCUGGCGGGGGCGAGUGGUGAGGCGGAGCAAUUGCCGAUUUUCGAGGAGUUUUAUCAGGGGAUGAAUGCAGAGGAGCUUAUGUGGCUGGUGAGGAUUAUCCUCAAGGAGAUGAAGGUUGGCGCUACGGAGAGGACGUUCUUGGGGCUGUGGCAUCCGGAUGCCGAGCCGCUGUUCAGCGUCUCGUCGAGCUUGAGGCGCGUGUGUUGGGAGUUGCACGACCCCGAGUUUCGGCUCGAGCAGCAGGAGACCGGCGUCACGCUCAUGUCGUGUUUCCAGCCACAGCUGGCGCAGUUCCAAACGACGACGUCAUUCGCAAAGCUGGUCUCAAACUUGGGGUGUAGCGAGGAGGACCAGGAGUUCUGGAUUGAAGAGAAAUUGGAUGGCGAGCGCAUGCAGAUGCAUAUGCAGGAGGAUGAUAACGUGCCCGGCGGUUACAAGUUCGCUUUUUGGUCACGAAAGGCCAAAGAGUAUACUUACCUAUACGGGAGCGGGCUAGAAGAUAACAACUCGGCGCUUACCCGGCACCUGAAGAACGCUUUUGACAGCCGCGUGCGAAAUCUGAUCCUCGACGGCGAGAUGAUCACCUGGGACCCGGAGGUCGACAAGAUGGUACCCUUCGGCACCCUCAAAACUGCCGCCUUGGACCAGCAAAAGAACCCCUUUCACAACGGUCCACGGCCGCUUUAUCGCGUCUUCGACAUCCUCCUCCUCAACGACAAGUCCCUCACCGAAUACACUCUCGCCGACCGCCACCGCGCCCUUGAACGCGCUGUCAAGGGUGAGCCCGGGCGCCUAGAGAUCCACCCAUACAUCACAGCCAAAUCAGCCGACGAAAUCGAACCGCACCUCCGCGUGAUCGUAGCUGAAGCAUCCGAGGGUCUUGUGCUCAAGAACCCACGGUCGCGGUACCAGCUAAACAGCCGUAACAACGACUGGAUCAAAGUCAAGCCCGAAUACAUGUCCGAAUUUGGUGAAUCGCUCGACCUGGUCGUUAUUGGCGGGUACUGGGGCUCGGGGCGGCGCGGCGGCACGCUCUCGAGCUUCUUGUGCGGUCUGCGCGUCAGCGAGAACUUUGUACGUUCCGGUGCCGCCGCCAGCCGCGAGAAGUGCCUCAGUUUCUGCAAGGUCGGCGGCGGGUUCAAGGCCGAGGACUACGGCGAGAUGCGCCACCACACCGAAGGAAAGUGGAAGGAGUGGGACCCGGCCAGCCCCCCAUCCGAGUUCAUCGAGCUGGGCGGUGGUGAACGGCUGCAAUACGAGCGGCCCGACGUGUGGAUCCGCCCAAGCGAGUCGGUCGUCAUCUCCAUCAAGGCCUCGUCGUUUGCGCCGUCGGACCAGUUCGCCGCCGGCUGGACGCUGCGCUUCCCGCGCUUCCGAAAGAUGCGCCUCGACAAGGCGUGGGAUGCCGGCAUGGACGUGGACGAGUCCGAGGCGCUGCGCACUAAGGUCAAGCAGGAGGAGAAGGAGCGCAAGGCGAUGGAGAUGGAGAGCCGCAAGCGCAAACCGGCGAAGCGACAGAAGAAGGACCUAGUCAUUGCCGGCGCUGCGGAUGCCGCCAAGCAGACGGCCGAGUUCCUCGCCGUGAAGAAGCCGAAGACCAACGUGUUCCAGGGGCUGGACUUCUGCGUCCUGUCGGAGGUGCUCAAGCCCAAAAAGAUGACCAAGCCCAAUUUGGAGAAACUGCUCAAAGAGAACGGGGGCAAGCUGCACCAGACAGUGAACAAGGAAUCCGGCAUGAUCCUGCUGGCGGACAAGAACGUGGUCAAGGUAGCGAGCCUCAAAAAGGCCGGCGACGCGGACAUCGUGCGGCCCAAGUGGGUGUUUGACUGCCUCGAGCAGACCGGCGGAGAGGGGUACCUCCUCCCGUUCGAGGAAAGCCACCUGCUGCAUGCCACCGAGGAGAUGAAGCGCGUCGCCCAGAAGAGCACGGACCAGUACGGCGACAGCUACGCGCGGGAUGUCGGCGUCGACGAGCUGCGCGCGAUCCUCGACGGCAUGGACCUGCCAGACGAGAGCGAGGGGUUUGUCGCGGACCAGUUCCUCGACCAGCUCGAGGAGCGCGGCAACGGCCUGGACGGCCUGAAGAGCUUCAUGUUCCGGCGGUGUCGGGUGCACUUUGCGCUCGGGGAAGGGGUGUCCGCGGCCGGGGCGCUCAGGCUGGCGAGCUAUGUGCGGUUUGGGAAUGGGGGGGUGGUGGAGGAUAUUGGGGACGAGCGGAUCACGCAUGUGGUCGUUGUUGGUGGGAGGGAGGACACUGCUGCGUCGGAGAAGGUGGUGGCGGCGGAUGUGCGGCACAAGAUUAGCGCUAGGAGGGCGGUGCCUAGGGUUGUCUCUGCGAGGUGGGUGGAAGAUUGCUGGAAGGAGGACACGCUUGUGGAUGAGGAGCAAUAUGUACCAAGUUGA